AUGAAGGACCUGGACAAGUCGGAGGAAAAUCUUUGCUUCCAGAAGGAAAAUUUUGUUGAUGAUGACGAUGAUAGCGGCGAGAGAGGAAGGAAAGAGGAUGGAGAAGGUCCGUCAUUGGUGACAGAGGGUGGUGAAGACAGUGAUGACGAACAAAGUGUAUUACAAGAUCAGUUGUUGGAAACUGACAAACGGAAAGUUAGGAGAUUGAAAAGAAAGAAAAGAGAUACCGAAUGCUCUUUGGGAAGCAGUGAAGAAGAGACGGAGACGAUGGUGAAGAAAGAGUUGAAUUCGACCGACACAAGUGGGACUGAAAGCACUCCGGAGGUGCUUGAUGAUGAAGAUAUCGAGCCGCAGGAUAAAAUUUUUCGUUCGGUGAUAGAGGCAGUGAGGAAUGAAAAAUUCGACUAUGCUAUGGAACUUUUUCGACGUUAUGUGAGUUUCGCUUCAGUGAAAAUUGGACCUAUUUUGCCCUACUUUUACUUUCAUUUUGAUUAUCAGGAGAAAAUAGUGGGCUCUAAGGAGGAGAAGAAGGCGGAGGAGGAGGAAAAUAGAGAGGAGGAGGAGACUAAAGAGGAGAAGAAGGAGGCUGCAUCUGAUCAGGUUUUAAUGGAAGAGAAACCCUGCAUUGAAAGGAUUGAAGAUGAACCGACAGUAAGAAAUGUCCUUCAUGUUGAUCGUUUUGCAAUUAGUGUAGAGAAGCCAUCACUAAUUGACGUGGCUAUGGAGGGGCUAGCGGAAGAGAUGCGCGAUCUUCUACGGAUCGGAGAGGAUCCUUUGGAGUGCGAUCUCGAUGGCAACACUCCGCUGCACCAUGCCGCCGCUUUGGGUCAUUUGAAGUGUGUGACUGUUCUUAUAGAGCAGAGAGUGCCUCUCGAACCACUGAACGAUGCCGAGAUAACACCUCUCAUGAUGGCUGCUCAGAACGGGCACGUGGAUGUUGUUAACCUUUUUCUGGAGCAUGGAGCUCUGAGUGAGUACGAAAAGAGUCGAUCUGGCAAAUCCCCUCUUACAUUCGCCUGCUUAAAGGAGAGAGAAGACGUGAUCCACAUCUUUCUGAACUCUAAGCAAAGACCAAUUGGAAAGAGGGAACUUGAUGCAGCGCUGGUACAAGUUGCCCUAAAAGGAAGCCCAGCCGUUGCUGACCUGCUCAUUGAAACGGGCGCAGAUGUGAACACUCAUGAACAAGAAGGAUUAUCGCCCCUGCACGCAGCCAUUUUUGCUGGAAACGCAGCGAUGGUCGAGCUGCUGAUAGCGCGAGGAGCAGACUUAGAAUUUCAAAACCGAAAUGGAUAUCGCCCACUCAUGGAAGCCGUCAGAAGAGGUCAUCGAGAUAUUGCUGAAUCUCUUCUCCUUGCAGGAGCUGCAGUAGAGUCGGCGUCAGAGACAGACCAAUCGAUCACACCUCUGCGUCUGGCGAGUGAGUAUGGGGAUGACCGAAUACUUGUCCUUCUGGAGAAGUUCCGAGCGCUGGCGCAUUUGGACUGA